GAUUUGGAAUCACAAUGGUUUCUAGUCGUCGUUCAAAAAGAUCUGGAAAUUUUAUUGAUGUAAAAGUUGCAUGUUCUAGAUUUGGAAGCAAGCGUGAAUCUAACACAACUUUCAAUCCUCGGUCAUGUCCAAAGACUGGUUGCAAAGCACGCAUGCAUAUGAAGAGGAGGGGAAGGAACAAACAGCCUGAUGCAGUGGCAUGCGAAAAAAAAGGCCUGCAGCUGGUUCUAGAUGAGAAAGAUGUAGAACUGAUGCUUAAUUUUUUUAUGUGUAUGAAGGAUGAGAAUCCAGAUUCCUUUUAUGCAAUGGAUUUUGAUAACGAAAAAUGUGUAAGGAGUGUGUUCUGGGUUGAUGCAAGAGGUAGACAUAAUUACAGUCACUUUGGUGAUGUGGUAUUUUUUGAUACCUUUUUUGUUAGAAACAAAUACAAGAUUUCUUACAUUCCUAUUAUUGGAGUAAAUCAUCACUUCCAGUACAUGUUGCUUGGAUGUGCUCUGAUUGGGGAGAGUACUACAUCAGCUUUUGUUUGGUUAAUGCGUUCUUGGCUUAAAGCAAUGGGUGGGAAAGCUCCUAAAGUGGUACUUACUGAUCAAGACAGAGUUUUGAAUGGAGCUGUUUCUGAUGUGUUUUCCAACUCUCGCCAUUGUUUCUGUUUGUGGCAUGUACUGAGUAAGUUUCCUGAGAAUUCAGAUUGUAUUGUGGAUCAGAAUGAGAAUUUCAUGAAAAAGUUCAAUAAAUGCAUAUAUAGGUCUUGGACACAUGAACAGUUUGAAGAGAGAUGGUGUAGGAUGGUCGACAAGUUUGAGCUGAAGGAACAUGAAUGGGUUCUUUCAUUGUAUAAUGAUCGGGAAAUGUGGGCUCCUAUUUAUAUGCGGCAUGUAUUUUUAGCUGGAAUAUCUACGAUUGAGCGGUCUGAAAGUGUUGCAUCUUUCUUUGACAAGUUCAUUCAUAAAGCAGCUACAUUCAGUGAGUUCAUUGGGCAGCUAAUUAAAUCAUUCUCACUAGAGUUGUAUGAAAUGGAAGCCAAAGCUGAUUUUGAAAUACAAAAUAAGCAACCUUUAUUGAGAUCUGCCUCAGCUUUUGAGAAGCAAAUGUCCAUGAUUUUUACAGAUACAGUGUUCAAGAAAUUUCAAGCUGAGAUUUUGGGAAUGGUGUCCUACAGAAGGAAAGUGAAGAUGAGGACACAGUUUUCUUUCGAGUUGAUGAUUUUGAAGAACGCCAAAAUUCCUUGUAGUUUGGAGCAAAAGAAAAUUUGA